CAUGUUAAGAGGUUGUGUUUUUGACAUGACCUUUCUUGGUCAACUAUGGUAGUGUAUAAUGAUCUGUUUUCACUUGGUAUUUCUAUUUUAAAUAUUUUUUUCAAAUUUGGAGAACAUUCAUUUGUUCUCAGAGCAAAAUAGCGUUCUCUUGUUGAAUACAUGUCUGAAGGCUGGUUUCGGAAAAUGUGAUGUGCAAGUGUAUUUGUAGGCCUGCUAUAAAUAGGGUCCUGCUGGCACCACAAGCAUGUGUUUGAUUGACAAUUGCAGUCAGAGCUUUGCCUCUGGGACUUUGAAAAGCCUAUCAAUGCUACUCUUACACCAGUAAGACACUGCAACUUGAAACUGGGGCUUUGAUACAUGACAAGCUGAGCAUUUUUUACUCAAGGAGCAGUCUGCUGUAGUAGACACAUUUCCUUUAUAUUUGUGGGAAUAUCUGUUGAGUGGACAAUGACUUCCAGAAGACCAAUGACCCGUUCUUACUCUGGCAACGGGAGGUCCGGCGGCAGCUACAAUGAGGAGGAGCCCAGCUCUUCGAAUGGCCGCUUGGAGAGCAGCAACUACCUCUCCAAUGUCAGGCCUGAAAACAGCUACUCAAGGUAUUCUCAAUCCAGGUCAUCGAGGAGUACAUUGUUCGGUGUGAUGGCUCAGCUGACUGAGGACACCCAGCCUGUAUUUGAGACCACCGUUAAAUCCAAGGCUGUGUCAGAGAAUUGUAAUGUGAAGUUGACAUGUGUGGUUACAGGUAACCCAGCCCCAGAACUGACGUGGUACCGAGACGACAUGGAGUUGGACCGAUACUGCGGUCUUCCAAAAUAUAAAAUUGGCUGCAAUGGAAAAACUCACACACUCCAUAUUUACAACUGCACAGUGGAUGAUGCAGCCAUCUAUCAGGCUUCAGCCAGGAACAGCAAAGGCAUUGUCUCCUGCUCUGGGGUUCUGGAGGUAGGCACCAUGAGCGAGUACAAGAUCCACCAGAGGUUCUUUUCCAAGCUGAAACAGAAGGCAGAGAACAAGAAGAGGGAGUUGGAGGAGAGCAGGAAAAGGGGCAAGGAGAACAUCCAGAAAGAGCCUCUGGAACAGCAGCCUCUCCGAAGAAGCCCGAUCCCAUCUCAGAGGAAACGCCGGGCCUCAAGCGUCCCCUCCUCACCACCAGAUGGGGAGGAGAUCACAGUCAGCCAGGGGGCAGAGGCUGUGGAGCAGCUAUCACCUGCUGUUGAAGAACCUAAUGGGGUCAGUGCUAAAGCCAGUGAACCGGCUCCAGUAAAACCUACAGAGAAUGGGGGCAAAAUUCCCAUCAGAGAAACCAGAGAAGCCAAAAAGAAAAUAAAGAUCUCAAAUGGUGUAGAUUCUGGUGUUGUCAGCAGUAGUCAUACAGGACCAGGCAGUAGUCAUAUAGGCCCGGGCACCGGAGAAAAUUCAUAUGAUGGAGGGAUAAGUUUGUCUCAAUUUCUGGCAGAUACCCUUCAUUCGCAGACUGCUGAAGAAAAGAUCCCUGCACAAGUGGAGGAAACAUUGGCAGCGGAGACAAUGGAUACUACUGCUGCUGAUCCUGAAACGGAUGUGAGAGAGGAAAAGGGGAGAGAGAGGAUUCUUGGAGAACAGGAAAGAGAGAAAAUGAGAGGGGGAGAACUGUCAAUUGAGAGCGAAAAAGAAAGAGCAAGAGAAGCAGAACAGUUGCACAGGACAACAGCACAUAGUGACACAGCCUCCGAAGUCAAAAUGGAGGCUAAGACACAUGCCCACAAGGAGGGAGAUCAUCACGAUCACCACCACAUGCAGGAAACUCUUUCCAAUGUGCUCCACUCAGUCAAAUACUUUUUCUUUGGUAAGAGCAAGAAGGAUCAUACUUCUCAUGAUCAUCAUGUGAAAGGUCAGGAGAGCGAGAGAGGUCAUACAUUAGCCCCAACACAGCCAUACCCUAGCCUUCCCCAUCCACAUCCACAAGAGCAAGAUGGUCAACCAGAGGUGUAUAAAACCUCCACAGAGGAGACAGUACCCAUGGAGGUAGAUGGGCUACAGAAAGCCCUGAUAACUCUGUUACCACACCAGCAGCCAGAUUCAUUGGAGCAGCUGAACCCAGAUGAACACGAGCGUGGAAUUACUAUUUCACACCCAGAAGAACCCCCUUCAGCUUCCAAAAGAGCACCAGAAAGUGUGCCUCAUUCACUGAAGCAUGUUGAGCAGAGGGCCAUGGAUGUAUGUCUGGAGGUGAUCAGCAACACUACAGAGACAGUGCCCAUGUCUGGCCCUCCAGCCCUCAGUGAGGCUGCCGAGGAUCAGACCCAGGCAGACUCAGUCCCCCACAUGGUUGUUUCAGCCCCACAUGAGAUAAACAUCCAAGUGUUUUCAUCCGGGACUGAUCAGGUGACAAGACUAAAUGAUAAAACUGAAGAUUUACACAAACAGGGUAUAUCUGACUCUACACGGAACCCAGACCCCAGCAGUGGAGCAGGUCCCCACAAGUCAAACCUAACUAGUAUGGAUGACAGUGGGAGUGCUCCUAACAAUAAUGUCCCACCCACAGUCAGCCAGUGCCUCAUCGAAAGUGAAAAAGAGAAGGAAAUGCAUGUGGAUGACAAGGGCAUUGAAAGUGUCUAUAAGAAUCAUGAAGAGAAAAGUGAUGUCAAAGCAGAGAAUCAACCAUGUCCCACUUUAAAUGUGAGUGCAGGGAUAUUUGAUAUCAAAACACCUGCUGUGGAAGAGAGAAUUGAAACAUGCCAUUUUAAAACACAAGAGCAGCAGACUCUUACUUUGGAUGAUAAAGUUAGUACACACGAUUCUAAGUCCCAAGACAAGUAUAUUGAUACUUUGCAAGAGAAUGUAGAGACAAUUUCUUCAAAAGUACACAUAGAAUGCAUCCCGGUUUUAGAGGAGAGUAAAGAGAAAAUACAUAACAAGGAGGAGGAGAUACAUUUCAAAAGAUUGGAGGAAUCUUCUCCCACUUUGCUGCAAAAGAGUUUAAUGAAUAGAGAUCUAAAAAUACCAGAUGAAUACCCUCCUGUGGCAGGGGAGAGCAUAGAGGACCAUGAUCUCAACACAAAAAGGAAAUCUCUCUUAGCUUUAGAGAAAAGUGUUGAAAGUGCCUUAAAAGUGGAAUGUACUCCUGCUUUGGAGAAUAGGUUAGUGGACUGUCCAUUUGGCAACCAUAAUGUGAGAUUACAGAGAAAUGAGGUGCCAACCCUCACUAUGGAGAAACGGGUUGACAUUGUGACUGAGAUAAUGGUAGAAAUGCUGGGUGAAUCUAAGAGCCACUCAGAGAGACAGCCUGUGAGAGGCUCUGCCAUUGUGCCCGCUGAGCAACCAGUGGCAGCAUCAGUUACCAAUCGAAAGGCUAAUGCCACUCAUCUGGGUGGAUAUUCUAGAAAUGUAACAGAGAUUAGAAUUGUAGAUUCUGCUCUUAAAAUCCCAGAAAUCAAAAUUAUUGUGACAGAACAACAGACAAAAGAAGAGCCAAUGAUUAUACCAAAUCUAAAGAUUACGGAACCAGAAGUCAAAGAGCCUACACAGCCAUUAAUACAUAUUACACCCAAUGACCCUACAUCAGAGUCAGCCAUUUUCCAAAAGGAUGAUGCAAAAGAUGUUUUAGACAUAAUGAUCACAGAAAAAAGUGCAGCUGUUACCCCAGUGAUGAUUGAUGUGACACCCACUCAAGAAAGUAAGCAGAAUAAUAUUAUCAUCGAACCAAUGGAGAAAGUGCAGGAGGUUACACCAGUUGAAGAGGCAAAACCGCCUACGGCAGAGAAACCAACGAAUAGUGAGUGCCUCACAAAGACGGAUAAUAAGUUCAUUCCUAAAAGAAAUGUUUCAUAUUCUGAUGAUAGUGAACUAGACCAUGAGCAUCCACAAGUUAAGCACCUCGUCUUAGAUACAGGAACAUCGGAGGAAGUACCCAAAGUGCCUCUGUUUGUGGUCCCUCCUAUUUCUGUAAUCUGUGAGGAUAGCCCUUUUGAAAGCGAAGAGAUUCUUAAAAAUGAGAGUAAAGAAUCAGAAUCCUUCGUGGCUAUGCUCAGGGGGGUCAAGAGUGAUUUAGAAAAUUCUUCUACCCUUGAGUCUGACAAACCCCAUAGUAUUCCACAAAAACAGACUAUAGAAACAAAGGAACGUAGCGUGAUAGACAAUAUCCCCUCUGUGUCAUAUAAACCCGUAAUGCCAACAGAAGAAACAACAAUCCAAAAAGCUGAGGACAUCAGUAUUACAGAAACUGAUAAGGUAAAACCACUCAAAGAGUCAAGGAUAGAGUCUUACAUCAUUGGCGAUGAACCAAGAGAAAGAACCCCUAUUGAGAGGCUUGCUGUCAAACCCCCAACACCCCCCAGGAGUCCCAGUACUCUUCGUAGGUUAAUGUCCAGGACUCCCCCUGCCAUUACUGUGGAUGAUCCUGCUAACAAUGAGAAGGCAGGAUUGGAGCAGAGAGGUGGAGACACCCCAACAUCCUCCCUGUCUUGUGAGAGCAGCCCCAAGCUGAAAAGAAGGGACAGUCUGACCCUCAUCCGCUCUGCCACGCCUGAGGAGCUGGCGUCUGGAGCUCGCCGCAAGAUCUUCAUCCCCAGGGAGGGAGAAGGGGUAGUGGUGGCGCUGGGUGUGGGUGGUAGCCCACUGGACACCCAGGUCAAGGAGGCGACUCCAUACUUGUCGCCCAGUCAGGCUCGCAGGGCAGCAUUCCUGCAGGCCCCAGCAGGCUCACAGACCCCACCGCUGGAGAGACGCUCCCCUCUGCUGAGCCGUAGGAAGGCAACUCUGGAGGUGCCUAAAGUUGUGGAGACCAACACAGAGGAGCCAGAGAGCCCAAAGACUGAGGUCAAACCUCCUGAAAAGGAGAAGCUGAACCCCUUCAAAGCUCCUCAGGUUAUCCGUAAAAUCAGGGGAGAGCCCUUCCCAGAUGCCUCAGGACACUUGAAACUCUGGUGCCAGUUCUUCAACGUGCUCAGUGACUCCUCCAUCAAGUGGUACAGGGACGAGGAAGAGAUAGUUGAGGUGAAAAGAAGUGGAGGAGAUGAGAGCCAAGUAGCGCUGGCCAUCGUCCAGACAUCCAGUCAAGAUUGUGGGGUGUACGGCUGCAAAAUCAAGAACGAAUUUGGGACUGAUUCAACUGACUUCCUUCUCAGCGUAGACUUACUUUCAGAGUACUUCCUGCGUGAGGAUUUAGAAGUUGGAGAAGAGAUAGAAAUGACUCAAAUGCUAUUCACCAAAGGCCUAGCAAACCCAGGAUACUGGGGGGAGAAGUUCUUUGGGCGCAUCAUGACACAAGAGGCCCACCUGGGAGAGGGCUGUGCACACAAGGCCUGCAGGGUGAAGGUCAUCUAUGGCCUGGACCCUGUGUUUGAGUCCGGAACCAACUGCAUCAUCAAAGUACAAAACCCCAUCGCCUAUGGGACCAAUGAGGACAGUAACCUUGCAGAGAGAAACAUGGAAAUUACUAAGCAGGAGUGCAAAAUCCAAAACACAGUUCGGGAGUAUUGCAAAAUCUUUGCUGCUGAGGCGAGGGUGAUUGAAAACUUUGGCUUUUCACUGGAAGUGAGCCCUCUUUAUCUGAUGUACCGCCCUGCCAACUCGGUCCCAUAUGCCACUGUAGAGGCUGACCUGAAGGACAUCUUCCUCAAGUACUGUAUGAUGGAUGCCAAAGGCAGGCUGAUCACCAGAGCCACCUCAGAGGUGGAAAUGAAAUGCUGCUCCUUCCAGCAUUGGAUCCACCAAUGGACAAACGGCAACUUACUGGUCACUGGGCUGGAGGGUGUUGGACCAAAGAUCACUAAAGUUAGAAUCGUCACAAAAUUGAAGGGGUAUCAAGGCCUUACAGAGGAUGGUUCUCCUAAGGUGUUUGAGCAGUUCCUGACUCAGCAUCAGUGUAACUACUACUGUGGGCUUCUCAGCCUGAGAACCCUGAAGCCCAUGGACACCCUACAGCAGCCCCCCAAAAUCAAAGUCUCCCGAAGCCCCCUGCUCGGCAGAAAGUUGGGCUCAUCCAGCCCUCAGCUCAACAGGAAGUUGCUCUCAUCCAGCCCCCAGCUACAGAGAAAAGGACUUAACAGCCCCUUGACAACCAGAAAGUCAACCUCCAGCCCAAAGGUGCCAAGAAAGACUGGGGAGACAGAAAACAAGUCCACAGCCAAACCCAAUGCCGAGGACAGACUCAAAGUUGUGGUAUGAGGUAAAAACGACAAAAGGGAAUACAUAUCAAAACAGCUUCCCUUUUCCUUCACGCAAACAUUCAACUUUGUUUUCCUGUCACCUAUUACCUUAUUUAGUUUGGUUGAAGCUAAGAUGACCAGCAUGGCCUUGAACAAAAUGCAGCAGACUUUGUGCCUGAAAAGUCCUCAUCCAAGAGAAAAACAGGGAGAUUAGUUCAAAUCUAGGGAAUAGGUCAAUGACUGACCCUGUUGGAUGGUUGUGUAACAAUACUGUGAAUUUCUCAAUCACAAUUAGUAGUAAGAUACUCCCCCUUCUCCAGCUUACUGUUGAACUGCUGAACUGGUUAAUUGAGUGGAGGUACAGUACUUUUAAGGUCUCCUCAACUUCCAGCACUAAGGAAAUGGGACACAGUGAUUCACCUCAGGUCCAGAACCAAGUGCUCUGUAACCUGCAAAGGAGAAUAGACCUAUGAAGUGGUUGAAACAAUGGUGCUGGAUGAAAAGCGGUGGCUGUAAGCAGCAAUCUAAUAGCUUGAUGCAGAUGCAAGGGGAUUGGAGUGCACCAACUGCCUUGUACAUCUGUGAUGUACUGUAUAUGUCUUGGACAUACAGUGCAUUCGGAAAGUAUUCAGACCCCUUGACUUUUUCCACAUUUUGUUACGUUACAGCCUUAUUCUAAAAUUGAUUAAAUUCUUUUUUUCUCUCAUCAAUCUACACACAAUACCAAACAAUGACAAAGUGAAAACAGGUUUUCAGAUUUUUUGCAAAUGUAUUAAAAAUAAGACAGAAAAACCUUAUUUACAUAUGUGUUCAGACCCUUUGGUAUGAGACUCGAAAUUGCAUCCUGUUUCCAUUGAUCAUCCUUGAGAUGUUUCUACAACUUGAUUGGAGUCCACCUGUGGUAAAUUCAAUUGAUUGGACAUUUGGAAAGGCACACACCAGUCUAUAUAAGGUCCCACAGUUGACAGUGCAUGUCAAAGCAAAAACCAAGCCAUGAGGUAGAAGGAAUUGUCCGUAGAGCUCCGAGACAGGUUUGUGUCGAGGCACAGAUCUGGGGAAGGGUACCAAACAAUGUCUGCAGCAUUGAUGGUCCCCAAGAACACAGUGGCCUCCUUCAUUUUGAAAUGGAAGAAGUUUGUAACCACCAAGACUCUUCCUAGAGCUGGCCAUCUGGUCAAACUGAGCAAUUGGGGGAGAAUGGCCUUGGUCACGGAGGUAGAGAGGCCAGAUGGAAGCCACUCCUCAAUAGAAGGCACAUGACAGCCCACUUGGAGUUUGCCAAAAGGCACCUAAAGGACUCUCAGACUAUGAGAAACAAGAAACAUGAUAACUUUUUGGCCUGAAUUUCAAGCGUCAAGUCGGGAGGAAACCUGGCACCAUUCCUAUGGUGAAGCAUGGUGGUGGCAUCUUCGGGACAAGUCUUUGAAUGUUCUAGAGUGGCCCAGCCAGAGCCCGGACUUGAACCCGAUAAAACAUCUCUGGAGAGACCUGAAAAUAGCUGUGCAGCAAUGCUCCCCAUCCAACCUAACAGAGCUUGAGAGGAUCUGCAGAGAAGAAUGGGAGAAACUCACCAAAUACAGGUGUGCCAAGCUUGUAACGUCAUACCCAAGAAGACUCGAGGCUGUAAUCGCUGCCAAAGGUGCUUCAACAAAGUACUGGGUAAAGGGUCUGAAUACUUGUGAUAUUUCAGUAUUUUUGCAAAAAUGUCUAAAAAACUGUAUUCCUUUGUCAUUAUUGGGUAUUGUGUGCAGAUUGAGGGAGAAAAAAAUCAAUUUGAUCAAUUUUAGAAUAAGGGUGUAACGUAACAAAAUGUGGAAUAAGUCUAGGUGUCUGAAUACUGUCCAAAUGCACUGUAGAAAUAGUUUUUGUUGGUCAGUAAUUUGAUCUUGUUAAUGUUAGUGGAAUAGCAUGUUCUAAGAUGGUCUAUUAUGGCAGUAUUAUGUCCUAAAACUAUGCAAUGCACUCUUCCAAAUACUGAGCAAAGACAAUAUUGCCUCUUUACUGAGAAUUUGUUUUUGUGCACAUUUUUUGCAAAUGUUUUCUUGCCUUUUGAAAAUUGCCAGGUUUUUGUAGUUCAGUUCAUUUUUGUUGAACUUUAUAAACCCCAUAAUCUGUUAAUUAGAAAAUAAUAUGUUCACAGCUUAAGUCUGAACAGUACAGUACACCGAUCCCCUUACCCUGGUUCCUCAAACGAUUGGCACUUGUCGUGAUAUGUAACUGACAAAGCUUUGAGUGUUGAAGAGUGGGAAGGGGCUUAUAGAAAUUAACACUAACUUUGUUAGUGCCAUUUACAUGCAUGAGUCAACUUACAAAGUGAAAGACAUAGCUAUAUAAUAUGAGAACCAUGUAAAAACUGGGUUAGACCUGGCCCAUGGUCACAGUAAAGCAGUAGCUCACCUGGUAGCUUAUCUUUAUGACUGUAAUUGAUAUGCAUUCACAUCAUUCACACUUCUGGUGUUUACUUAUUCAUGAACUGUAGAUGACCGUGUCAAAAAUACUGUAAGAAAAUUGUGGUCUGUUGUGACAUGAGCAAACUGUUAAAUGUCUGUACUGUGUGUAAUGGGGUGGAGUGAGGUGAGUGAGGUGAGUGAGGUGAGUGAGUGAGUGAGUGAGUGAGUGAGUGAGUGAGUGAGUGAGUGAGUGAGUGAGUGAGUGAGUGAGUGAGUUAUACAGUGCCGUGCGAAAGUAUUCGGCCCCCUUGAACUUUGCGACCUUUUGCCACAUUUCAGGCUUCAAACAUAAAUAUAUAAAACUGUAUUUUUUGUGAAGAAUCAACAACAAGUGGGACACAAUCAUGAAGUGGAACGACAUUUAUAGGAUAUUUCAAACUUUUUUAACAAAUCAAAAACUGAAAAAUUGGGCGUGCAAAAUUAUUCAGCCCCCUUAAGUUAAUACUUUGUAGUGCCACCUUUUGCUGCGAUUACAGCUGUAAGUCGCUUGGGUAUGUCUCUAUCAGUUUUGCACAUCGAGAGACUGAAUUUUUUUCCCAUUCCUCCUUGCAAAACAGCUCGAGCUCAGUGAGGUUGGAUGGAGAGCAUUUGUGAACAGCAGUUUUCAGUUCUUUCCACAGAUUCUCGAUUGGAUUCAGGUCUGGACUUUGACUUGGCCAUUCUAACACAUGGAUAUGUUUAUUUUUGAACCAUUCCAUUGUAGAUUUUGCUUUAUGUUUUGGAUCAUUGUCUUGUUGGAAGACAAAUCUCCGUCCCAGUCUCAGGUCUUUUGCAGACUCCAUCAGGUUUUCUUCCAGAAUGGUCCUGUAUUUGGCUCCAUCCAUCUUCCCAUCAAUUUUAACCAUCUUCCCUGUCCCUGCUGAAGAAAAGCAGGCCCAAACCAUGAUGCUGCCACCACCAUGUUUGACAGUGGGGAUGGUGUGUUCAGGGUGAUUUGCUGUGUUGCUUUUACGCCAAACAUAAUGUUUUGCAUUGUUGCCAAAAAGUUCAAUUUUGGUUUCAUCUGACCAGAGCACCUUCUUCCACAUGUUUGGUGUGUCUCCCAGGUGGCUUGUGGCAAACUUUAAACAACACUUUUUAUGGAUAUCUUUAAGAAAUGGCUUUCUUCUUGCCACUCUUCCAUAAAGGCCAGAUUUGUGCAAUAUACGACUGAUUGUUGUCCUAUGGACAGAGUCUCCCACCUCGGCUGUAGAUCUCUGCAGUUCAUCCAGAGUGAUCAUGGGCCUCUUGGCUGCAUCUCUGAUCAGUCUUCUCCUUGUAUAAGCUGAAAGUUUAGAGGGACGGCCAGGUCUUGGUAGAUUUGCAGUGGUCUGAUAUCUUUUUGUAUCCAAAUCCGGCUUUAAACUUCUUCACAACAGUAUCUCGGACCUGCCUGGUGUGUUCCUUGUUCUCCAUGAUGCUCUCUGCGCUUUUAACGGACCUCUGAGACUAUCACAGUGCAGGUGCAUUUAUACGGAGACUUGAUUACACACAGGUGGAUUGUAUUUAUCAUCAUUAGUCAUUUAGGUCAACAUUGGAUCAUUCAGAGAUCCUCACUGAACUUCUGGAGAGAGUUCGCUGCACUGAAAGUAAAGGGGCUGAAUAAUUUUCCACGCCCAAUUUUUCAGUUUUUGAUUUGUUAAAAAAGUUUGAAAUAUCCAAUAAAUGUCAUUCCACGUCAUGACUGUGUCCCACUUGUUGUUGAUUCUUCACAAAAAAAUACAGUUUUAUAUCUUUAUGUUUGAAGCCUGAAAUGUGGCAAAAGGUCGCAAAGUUCAAGGGGGCCGAAUACUUUCGCAAGGCACUGUAUGUGUGUGCUUGUUGGCAGAGUGCUACUGAAAUGAAUGUCCAUGACACUGUAAUAUUUGGUAUGUUAUGUGGUGCCAACAGAUUUUGUAAAAUAAAAGUGUACAUACCAUUCUUGUCAAACGUUCAUACUCAGAUUUUUACGUACUGUAUUUACAGAUUUACUCAAUGUUAUAAUUUACAAUCAAUAUACAAUUCAGUAUUUCUUUACAUUUAUUUUCAUAAUAUCUGUCUUCUGACACUUUGAAUGAAAGGGUGAAUCAUAAGAAAUAAAUAUUUUUUUCAAUAACA